CAGCGGGCGGCCAAGAUGGCGGCGCGGCGGGCGCUGUGGGCGGUGCGGCGGGGCUGGCGGGGGGCGGGCGGUGCGGCGGCGGCGGCACCGGGGCCGGUACCGGGGUCGAUCCCGGGGCGGAGCCGCCUGUACGAGCACGUGCGCGAGGGCCUGAGCGCCAAACCACAGCUGGAGGUGGAGGCACUGAGCGAGGCUGACCUGGAGCGGCGGAAGGGGCCGAUGAGGGGGAGCGACCUGCGAGAUAUCGUGCAGACGUGGUCGCGGCUGCAGGAGCUGCGGCGCUGCAUCGCCCGUCUGCAGCACGAGAAGGACGGCGUGGCGCAGCGCGUGCGGGCGCUCGUGGCCGCCCACCAGAAGCCGACAGCGGAGGCGGUACCCGAUUUGGCGGCGCUGCGGGCGCAUGGGCGGCAGCUGCGGUUGCAGUUGCAGGAGCUGCAGGCGGAGGAAGCCGAGCUGGACGAGCGCUUCUAUGUCAAAGCCCUGCAGCUCCCCAACCGCACUCACCCCGAGGCGCCAGUGGGUGACGAGAGCCAGGCGCGGGUGCUGGAGGUGGUGGGGGAGAAACCAGUGUUUGAUUUCCCGCCGCGGGGGCACCUGGAGCUGGGGGAGCGGCUCGACAUCAUCCGGCAGCGGCGGCUGUCACAUGUGUCGGGGCAUCGCUCGUACUAUCUGUGCGGGGCGGGGGCACUGCUGCAGCACGCGCUGGUGGCCUUCGCCAUGGGCAAGCUGCUGCCCAAGGGGUUCCUGCCCAUGACGGUCCCCGACCUCCUGCGCGGUGCCGUCUUUGAGGGCUGUGGGUUCCCCCCCGGUGCCCCCCAACCUGGUGCUCCCCCCUCGCCUGUUUACACCAUCGACCCCUCCCGAUUUGAGGAUCUGUGCCUGGCGGGGACGGCCGAGGUGGGCAUCGCAGGGUAUUUCAUGGACCACGCAGUGCGGCUGCAGGAUCUGCCCAUCCGCGUGGUGAGCUCCAGCACCUGUUACCGCGCCGAGACUGACACCGGGCGGGAGCCGUGGGGGCUCUACCGCGUCCACCAGUUCACCAAGGUCGAGAUGUUCGGGGUGACGGCGGCCGAGUCGGGCUCGGAGAGCGAGGAGCUGCUGGCCGAGUUCGUGGCGCUGCAGAAGGAAAUCUUCUCCGAGCUGGGGCUUCAUUACAAGGUUCUGGAUAUGCCGACGCAGGAAUUGGGGCUCCCCGCGUAUCGCAAAUUCGAUAUUGAAGCGUGGAUGCCCGGACGGGGCAAAUAUGGGGAGAUUUCCAGUGCUUCCAACUGCACCGACUACCAAAGCCGUCGCCUCAACAUCAUGUACCGCGACGGCACCGGACGGCUCCGCCAUGUGCACACGGUGAACGGCACGGCCUGUGCUGUCUCGAGGAUGCUCAUCGCUCUCUUGGAGUGCAACCAGUUAGCGGAUGGGCGGGUGCGGGUGCCCCCCCCCCUGCAGCCCCUGCUGGGACGGAGCGAGCUGGUGCCCCCCCCCGCCCCCCUGCUGAAAUACAUCGGCCCCAACCAGCCGCGGGGGGGCAGGGGGCACCGAGACCCCCCCAUAACCCCGGGGGGGCACUAAGACCCCCCAAACUAGCCGCGGGGGGGCAGGGGGCACCGAGACCCCCCCAUAACCCCGGGGGGGCACUAAGACCCCCCAAACUAGCCGCGGGGGGGCAGGGGGCACCGAGACCCCCCCAUAACCCCGGGGGGGCACUGAGACCCCCCCCAAACUAGCCGCGGGGGGGGGACAGGGAGCACUGAGACCCCCCCUAUAACCCCAGGGGGGCAC